AUGGUGAAGUCGCGUGGCUUCGUGAUGGCGGCUGUGAUGGUGGUGGCGGCGGUGGUGGUCGUGGUAUCGGUGGCGCCGCGCGGCGCGGAGGUGAAGACGACGAUCGAGCCAUGCUCGGGGUCUGACUCCUGCCCGGCGCUGCUGGGUUACACGCUCUACGCCGACAUGAAGGUGUCUGAGGUGGCCGCGCUCUUCGUCGUCGACCCGGUGGCGUUGCUGGCCACCAACGCGCUCGACUUCGGCGCCCCAGGGGCGGCGCACCGCAUCCUGCCCAUGGGCCUCUUCGUGCGCGUGCCCACCCGCUGCUCCUGCGCCGACGGCGUCCGCAAGUCCGUCUCCGUCCGCUACACCGCGUGCCCGGCCGACACGCUCGCCACCGUCUCCGACGUCGUCUUCGCGGGGCUCGCCUCCUCCGACCAGAUCCGCAACGAGAACGGCCUCACCUCCGCCGACCCCGACGCGCCGCUGGACGCCGGCCAGAAGCUCGCCAUUCCGCUGCCAUGCGUCUGCUUCAACUCAUCCGACAACAACCUCCCCGCGGUGUACCUCUCCUACGUCGUGCAGGUCGGGGACACCGUGCCCGCCAUUGCUGCAAGCUACGAGACCACCGUCACGGAUGUCAUGAAUGUCAAUGCCAUGGGGAGUCCCGUCGCCGCGCCAGGCGACAUUCUCGCCAUCCCAUUGCCAGGUAGGAGUACAUGAUAUGCCCAGACGGAUUCAUGUAUGGUGAAAUAGGCAACUCCAUCGUCUUAUAUAAUGUCAUUUUCAGCAGACAUAUAUAAUGGCAUUUUCAGCUUUCGCGAGAAUUAUAAUGGCACUGAUAUAGUUUCACGAAUAGUUAUGGUGUGCAGCGUGCUUCAAAAACAACAAAACUAUAAUGGCGUGUACUAACCCAUAUUUCAGCUAUACUAUAGUUUACUAGGCGCCAGCAGUAUGCACUCGAUGUUGGAAGCGCAUGCAGUGGUUCAAAAACGAGCAUGCUAACGUGGGUCUCAAGUUACUAAUUGUUGAUUUGAGGCAUGAAUAGUGUGUUAGAUGCUUGCCUCACUAUCUUUAAUGGAGUCAUGUACUUGUAGCCCAUAUUUAUCUAUUAUGUCGAUUAUUUUGCUGCAGAUGAAAACCUGUUCAAGAGUCCAUCUCAGAUGGUUGUAAUUAAAAGCAAUCCAAAAAAGUAGGUCGUAAUUAGACAUUGUCCUUGAACAUUGCAAAUAGCAAGGUUAAAAAAAAUCCACAUUUCAUAUCUAUACUACUCUAUUAAGAUAGUAGCGUCAGCGUCCACACCCUGGUUGCCCCCGCCUGACCCCGCACCCUCCCACGCGUGCGCAUCGAAGCAGCCCGCCAGCCCCCGCCGUGCCCCUCCCCCACGAUCGAGGCACCGUCCCCCGUCGCCCCCGCCCCGGAUCUCGCCCCCGUCGCGGAUCCCGCACUGGCUCUGUGCGGGAGUGCUGUCGGGCUCUGUGCGGGAGUGCUGCGGCGCCUUCCUCCAGCUGUACGCCACCGAAGCGCCCACCGCCGCAGCCAACACGCCUCCUGGGCGUGCGCGCGCACAUAGACAGGCAGACAGCUAGCAGUUUCAGUUUCAGCAGAAGAUCAUCGUCUUCAAGAACGGAAACGGAACACUAAGCAGCAGUGGUGGAUCCGCAACAAAGGCUGAGACUGACUCACCGAUGGCUGCGAGCUCGUGGUCCUUCACCCAGGACUGCACCGACGAGCUUAUCUGCUCCACCGUUGACUCCAUCGACUCGGACGGACGGAUCUCGGUUCCCUCCCUGCCUGUCUCUGAUGCGGGGGGAUCUGGGAUGCGACUCCUGCUUUUGUUGGACGAUUGAAGUUCUUGGAAGGGGCGGGGCAGGGUGGGAUUGGAUUGGAUUGAAUUGAACUGAUGAGUCUGAGUGCAAGGCCCUGUCUUGACUAACUUAUAGCUGAACGGGCGAGUGGAACCAGUGGCUGCCCUGCCCACUGGAAGCCUGGGAACGGGGAGGGAGGGGAACCAAAUGGGAGGCCCCCGCCUUCUGUUUCUGUCUGU